ACCAGGAAGUGGAAUCCACAAUAUUUCUUUUGCGUGACAAUUUGGGGAGAGCAUUGCAGAGCAUGUUUCUAUGAAAAUUCUAGCCUAUUUAGUCCCAAUCUCUCCAACUUUAAAUAAAUUAAGUUAUCCAUGAAGGGCUUUAUUGACUGCCACUGUCACAUCUCUGCAGGAGAUUUCGACAAUGACAUAGAAGAUGUGAUUGAGAAUUCUAAAAAGGCUGGGCUUUUAGCACUACUAGCAGUAGCAGAACAUGUUGGAGAGUUUGAAAAGAUUAUACAGCUGUCACAGAGGUUCCCAGGCUUUAUUUUCCCUUGUUUAGGUGUCCAUCCUAUACAGGGGACAGCUCCUGAGCCACAGAGAGGAGCCUUACUCCAGGAUUUAGAUGCUGCUUUGCCCCUGAUAGAGAAAUUUAAAGACCAUCUUGUUGCUAUUGGGGAGGUAGGCUUGGAUUUCACCCCCAGAUUUGUCAGUGGUGACGCAGACAAAGACAGUCAAAGACAGGUGCUUAUUCGGCAGGCAGAGAUUGCAAAACAACUGGACCUUCCGCUAAAUGUCCAUUCAAGAUCUGCAGGCAGACCUACUAUACACCUGCUAAAGGAACAAGGUGUUGAGAAAGCUCUUCUUCAUGCUUUUGAUGGGAAACCCUCAGUUGCCAUGGAGGGAGUGAAGGCUGGGUAUUUCUUCUCCAUUCCUCCAUCUAUAGUAAGAAGUGAACAGAAGCAGAAGCUAGUGAAACAGCUGCCGUUGGAGAGCAUGUGUCUAGAAACCGAUUCACCUGCCUUGGGUCCAGAGAAACAGGUGAGAAAUGAGCCAAAGAAUAUCUCUGUCUGUGCUGAGUACAUCAGCAAGAUCAAAGGGGUUCCCUUGGAAACGGUGAUGGAGGUGACGACACAGAAUGCCCUGCGUCUGUUCCCUAGGCUCAAGACAUUACUCAGAGCCUGAACAACCAAUUCCGGGUUUCAAUCCAAGGCAUGUUAUAUAGCAGUGCAUGGCUCUUGACCUUUUUAAAGGUAAUUUACGCUUGAGGGAAAUGGAAAGGGGAUACUUAGUCAGUUGUACAACUGAAUGCAUUCAACUGAAAUGUGUCUUCCGCAUUUAACCCAACCCCUCUGAAUCGGAGCGGGGGGGGGGCUGCCAUAAUCGACGUCUACGGCGCCCGGGGAGCUGACAUGCACAGUGUUUACCGUGAAUGUGAUCUCCGCGAACGUCAGGGAAAUUUCCUUUCAAUGGCGCAUGGUGAGCUGUCCAGUGCUCUGCUCUAUAAGAGGCCUUGGAUUGAAUCUCACCCUCUUGGGUGAAGUUCCUGAAAGUCACCACUGUCUCACCUUGGUGUUAUAUCAGCAAGGAUGUAGAGGGAAAUAAGGCAACCGAAAGGCCUACAAACUGAACAGCAUUUAUAAAGACUUUCAAGUUAGAGCUGCUUUUGGACUCUGUAUGCCUUGGAGUUGAGGUGUAGAGUUUAAAAAACAAACUUUGAGAUUGAAAUGUUUCAGUAUUUAUGUUCAUAUCCAACAUCUGUUAUAUAACAAACUAAAUAAAUAUGACAAAUGUAUUUCUUUAAAUAAAUAUGAUCAGAUUUCUUGUGCUACA